AUGGCUGGAAAGAAAGUGCUUAUGCUCGGUGCUGGCUUCGUCACACGUCCCACCCUUGAUGUUCUCAGUGAUGCUGGCAUUGAGGUCUCUGUUGCAUGCAGAACUCUCGAAAGUGCAAAGAAGCUCGCCGAAGGAGUAAAGAACGCCAAACCUAUCUCCCUCGAUGUCACAGACGACAAAGCCCUCGAUGCUGAAGUCGCCAAGAAUGACCUUGUCAUCUCCCUUAUACCCUACACCUUCCAUGCAACUGUCAUCAAGUCUGCCAUCCGAAACAAGAAGAACGUUGUCACAACCAGCUAUGUCUCACCCGCAAUGCUUGAGUUGGACGAGGAAGCCAAGAAGGCUGGCAUUACCGUCAUGAACGAGAUUGGUCUUGACCCUGGAAUCGAUCACUUGUACGCCAUCAAGACCAUCGAGGAAGUACACAAGGCUGGAGGAAAGAUCGUGUCAUUCUUGUCAUACUGUGGUGGGCUACCAGCUCCUGAGGCAUCAGACAACCCUCUUGGUUACAAAUUCUCCUGGUCAUCUCGAGGUGUCUUGCUUGCAUUGAGAAAUGCUGCCAAGUACUACAAGGAUGGUAAUGUUGUGGAUAUACCAGGCAAAGAACUCAUGGGUACCGCCAAGCCAUACUUCAUCUACCCUGGAUUCGCAUUCGUUGCCUACCCCAACAGAGACUCAACCCCCUACAAGGAGCGAUACAACAUCCCAGAGGCGCAGACUAUCAUUAGAGGUACCUUGAGAUAUCAAGGCUUCCCCGAGUUCGUCCGUGUUCUAGUCGACAUGGGUUUCCUCAGCGACGAGGCUCAAGAUUACCUCAAGGAGCCAAUAUCUUGGAAGGAUGCUACCAAGAAGAUCUCGUCAGCCACUUCCGCGUCUGAGGAAGAUCUUAAAUGGGCCAUCGCCUCGAAGGCUCAGUUCAAAGACACCGAGGAGAAAGAGCGCAUUAUUGCCGGUCUCCGUUGGGUCGGUAUCUUCUCUGAUGAAAAGAUCCUGCCCCGUGGUAACCCGCUUGAUACCCUCUGCGCUACUCUCGAGAAGAAGAUGCAGUUCGAGGAAGGCGAGCGUGAUCUCGUUAUGUUGCAACACAAGUUCGAAAUCGAGAAUAAGGACGGCAGCAAGGAGACCCGGACUUCUACUCUUGUUGAAUACGGUGACCCUAAGGGCUACAGUGCUAUGGCCAAGUUGGUCGGUGUUCCUUGCGGUGUUGCUGUCAAGCAGGUGCUUGAUGGCACGAUCUCGGAGAAGGGUAUCUUGGCACCUAUGUCUUCGAAGAUUAAUGAUCCAUUGAUGGCGGAGUUGAAGAAAUAUGGUAUCUUCUUGGUUGAGAAGACUAUUUCGUAG